UAUUAAAGCACUUAAAGCACUUUAUAAUUAUAGAGGGUACCAUUCUCUUUUAUGUAUGUUCAUCGUUAAAGGGUCAAACUCGUAUCACUUGGGUGGCAUUUGAGUAUUUGGUAGAAUACCCAACAAGAUGACUUCUACGAAGGAGACAGGCCUUCACCUACUUGAUGCACCUAUCCAAAUUGUAGACUUUCGCUCGGGAUCUGGUGUUUGUCCUAAACUAGACCCUACUGCAAAAAUCCUGGCUGUAAAGCAAUAUCAUUCGGACUUCGGCAAGGUCGUCGGCACAACGCCACGCCACUCACUAUUGCUUUCCUCGGAAGACACGUCGAUGAAUCCAUUCUUUCAGAAUGGAUGUGUGUGGGUUUCGGAUGGAGACCAGCUGUAUAUCAUGUCAGACCCACUGCAGCCUAGCAACAGCUCCCAGUUGCCGGUGAUCUUGAUAUCCAGAGUAAUCCUCCAUCGUGCUCCUGACGAUUCCAUCACUGCGGUUGACUGGCUGAAACUACGAUCACCAGAAAAUAUGGUUAUGCCAGCUGGCGCAUGCCGGUAUAAGAGUGGCAUUCUAUAUUGUUCACAGGGCAACCUUUGCCCGGAACUUGGCGGACUCUCCUAUAUGCGUUUAGGAAGACCUCCUACCUCCAUUCUAUACGGCUACUUUGGAACUCCCUUCAACUCGAUCCAAAAUGUGAUCGAGGAUCUAGACGGUGGUUUAUGGUUCACAGACAGCGAUAUGGGGUUCGAGCGAUCAAUCAGGCCUAAGCCGCAAUUGCCAAAUCAAGUCUAUCGGUUCGACCCCAAGACUAACGAUUUGCGUGUCGUUGCCGAUGGGUUCAAAAAGCCCGCAGGAAUUGCCAUAAGCCCGAACAACGAUACUUUGUACAUUACUGAUAUUGACGCGGCACGUCCCGAUGGCACUACGGACCGUACACGCGCUGCAACCAUCUAUGCCUUCGACGUCACACGAAGAUUCGGGUCCCAGUUCCUGACGAACAGGCGCACGUUCGCUUUUGCGAAGGAAGGCGUUCCAAGGGCAGUAAUGUGCGAUGACCUUGGAAUCGUAUACGCCGCGUGUGGUGACGGCGUUGAAGUAUGGAGUCCAGGAGGUGUGGCGCUAGGGGUAAUCGAGGUUCCCGGAGGCUGUACGACAUUAUGCUUUGGCGAGAAUAGGGAACUCUUCAUUGGUGCUAAGCAGCGACUGUGGAUGAUUCAACUACAAGACAAAUGAUCCCUUUUGGUUUUGGGACUCCAGAGAUCACCAGCCGAUUGAUUAUUUACUGGACGACGAGUGAGGGCGUGUGUCACUGCUAAUCUAAUGAAUUUAUGUAUUCUCUCGUGAUAUCAUUAUUUCUAAUGGGGUUUACUUGUACUUGUAUGUACGUGGUUUGGAAAUUGGAAUAAAGCACAGUGUACUCCGUACAGCCUUAUGAAUACCUACAAUUGAUAAGUGUUACACUGCUACAGUGCAGUGCGGGUACCUGAUGCUAAUCAUUAGCGUCAACGUAGAUGCUGGGGCCAGCUGGGCAGGUAUGCCAGAUAGAGUUUAAUACCUACAUGCCC